UCACAAACAAGGAAAUGCUUAGAUCGUUGUCCCCGUCCAAGAGACAGAACAAGAUAAGAAGAGAAGGAAGAAAGAAAGAGGAAGUGGUUUGUCUGGCUUUGUAAAAUUUUUCGGUUUCAAUGAAUCAACCUAAGAAUAACCUUAUAGGUAUUCAUGGAUAUAAUCUAGUUGGUUGUUGGGAUCGUACACAUUGUGAAAAAGCUCUCAAAGUGGCUUCCCAAAUAGGCUAUUCUCUAGUAGAAGUACCUGUUAUUGAUCCCCUAUUUGAUACUCAAGCGACCAAAGAACUGGCUAAGAAAUAUGGUUUACAGUUGUCCUGUUCUGUUGGAUUAUCGGAAGACACAGAUAUUAGUAGUUUGGAUGAGUCUGUGAGGAAACAAGGAGAACAAGUAUUGAUGACAGCAGUAGAAAGAGCACAUACUAUUGGCUCUUCUAUCGUUUGUGGAGUUAUAUACAGCAAAUUGGGAAAAUAUCAUCGAGCUGCAACUAGACAGAAUGUGGAAAAUAGUGUAGAGAUAUUGAGAAGGGUGGCACAAAAGGCUCAGUCUUGGGGAGUGCAACUAGGACUGGAAGUAUGCAAUAAAUAUGAAACCAAUCUAAUCAAUACAGCUGGAGAUGCCUUGAAAAUGAUCGAAGCCAUUGGAAUGCCCAAUGUUGUAGUCCAUCUGGAUGCCUAUCAUAUGAAUAUUGAUGAAAAUGAUCCUAUUGCAGCUAUUUACAGUUGUCAUAAUCGUUUGGGAUAUUUUCAUAUUGGAGAAUCUCAUCGUGGCUAUUUAGGAACUGGAAAUAUUUCAUUGAGAAAUAUGUUUCGUGCAUUAGCUCAAGUGGGAUAUUCGGGUCCUUUGGUAUUUGAAUCUUUUUCUAAUGCAAUUGUGAGUCCUUUUGUCACAGAAGCAUUGGCUAUAUGGCGUAAUCAAUGGGAAGAUGGAGAAGAAGUAGCUAAACAUGCUCUUGCCUUUGUACAAUCCGAAUGGUUUGCAGCACAGAAAUCCAAAACCACACCACUUUUAUCUUAUCGGACUUGAAAUUCUUCUUCAGUGUUGUGUUGUUUUAUAAAGAAGAAUGAAAAGAA